UUUCACUUACCUUACCAUAUGAAUCAUGGAAUAUCACUAUGACAGUGGCUCUUCCUCAUCUCAUUCCAACCACUACCUUCAACAAACUGGGUCAACGUCCCUCACUUCACAACGCAGCCUCCUCUCAGUUCCUUCCCUCAACAACACUCACCACCACCACCACCACCACAAUUACCACCUCAUCACAACCCUCAAAAACCACCAUUACACAUCCUCUCUUACCCUCUUUGGCAAAUUCCUCCUCACUGGUUCAUCAGACAGAGAAAUCACAACCUGGAACAGAACAACCUCUGAUGAAGAACAACAAAACUCGGAAAACAACGUAGUAAUUGCAGGAAAAGGUGCUGUUAAAUCUUUAGUAAUUCAAUCAAAUACAAACACUCUUUUUAGUGCUCAUCAAGAUCACAAAAUCCGCGUAUGGAAAUUAACAAAUGAUCAAAAGAAAUACACCCAUUUAGCAACACUUCCUACACUUGGUGACCGUGCUUCCAAAAUCUUAAUCCCCAAAAACCAUGUUCAAAUUCGUAGACAUAAAAAAUGCACAUGGGUUCAUCAUGUUGACACUGUUUCUUCACUUGCUCUGUCUAAAGAUGGAAACUUAUUAUACUCUGUUUCAUGGGACAGAACAAUCAAAAUCUGGCGAACUAAAGAUUUCACUUGUUUAGAAUCAAUAACAAACGCACACGACGACGCCAUUAACGCCAUUGUAGUUUCUUAUGAUGGUGUUGUUUACAGUGGAUCAGCAGAUAAAAGAAUCAAAAUUUGGAAGAAUCAUCAAGGUGGUGAUGAUGAUGAUGAUGAUUAUAAGAAACAAAAACAGAAACAUUCUCUUUUUGAUACCUUAGAGAAACAUAACUCUGGAAUCAAUGCUUUGGUUUUAAGCAGUGAUGAAUCUAUUUUAUAUUCUGGUGCUUGUGAUAGAUCAAUAUUGGUUUGGGAGAAAGAAGUUAAUGAUGAUGGAAGAAUGGUUCUAAUGGGUGCCUUAAGAGGACAUAAAAGUUCAAUAUUGUGUUUAGCUGUUGUGUGGGAUUUGGUGUGUAGUGGUUCUGCUGAUAAAACCAUAAGAAUUUGGAGAGGUGUUGGAAGAGAGUAUUUUUGUUUGUCUGUUUUGGAAGGACAUCAAGGUUCAAUUAAGUGCUUAACUGCAGUGGUUGAAAAUUGUGAUACCUCUGAAUCAGAAGAUGCAUCUUUUUUAGUCUAUAGUGGUAGUUUGGAUUGUGACAUUAAGGUUUGGCAGAUUUUUGUUCCUGCUGAGUGAAGAAUCAAGAUUUAUUGUCAAUUUUUCGUCUUAAUCCUCUAGUUAAUUCAUUUUCGAAUUACAAGUUAGAAUUAUGAUUUGCUCUGUUUGUCUC